AUGGCGAUCGUCGAUGGGAAUGGGAUAUCUGAGGGUGAUAGGCCGCUGGUGGUCAGCUUCGGGGAGAUGCUGAUCGAUUUUGUGCCGGACGAGGCCGGCGUCUCCCUCGCGGAGUCCACCGGCUUCCUGAAGGCCCCCGGCGGCGCCCCCGCCAACGUUGCCGUCGCCAUCGCCAGACUCGGCGGCAGAUCCGCCUUCGUCGGAAAGGUAUGCGAUCUCCAUGACUCGAAUCAGAGCUCCAACCGAUCGUCGCCUUUUUGGUCUUCCUUCGGCUGUGGGACUACAGAUCCUCGGAGUACGACCGGCGCCAACCGCAGGGCCGGAGUUAACGCCCGCUGCCGUGUCUUCUACUUUCCGACCGAUCGACCUCCAUGCUGGCAUUAGUUCACGUUAACUUUUUCCUCUUCCGUUAUUCCCUCUCACCUUUUUCCCGAACUCCUCACCAUCGAUAUCGGAUCUGAUCACGGAGAGUGCUGCAGACUUUGCACAGUCAGUAUCGUAGUAGAGCUCAUAUCGUGUGUUGAUUCCGUAGUGAUCCACUCUCCCGGGCCUCCGGUAAAUCUUUCCCUCGGUUUAUCCUUUCAUUCACUUUUCCUGUCAGCGGAAAUCGAGUUCGAAUAUGAGUUUAAAAAACCGAUCUAAGCGUAGAUUUUAUUUUUUUUCAAAAGACAAAGGUCUUACUCGAUUCAGCCCAGUAAUCCUCCACUCUGAUGAAUACCCCCGGCCUACCUUUUCUCGAUUUCUGACAAUUAAAAAAAGGAAAAAGAUGACACUUCUAUCCGUCACGGGCCGAACAGUUUGACCUCUGUUUUGUAACUUUUGUCUCGUAUUUAUUUUAUUUUCUCUAUAAUUCAGCACAAGAUAACUCCCCGUGAAGAUUUGAAAGUCCUAGACUGUAAAAAUCUUGAUCCGAAUCAUGGGUUCAUCCUGGAGAGAGAGAGAGAGAGAGAGUUUGGGCUUAUCCUGUCUAUGCUCAUUAAAUCCAAAGGAACUGAAUGAAACCUGGCACUGCCAACCUCCUGCUACAUUGAUUGUCGGAGACAUUAAAAUCCCUCUCACGAAAAGACCAGAAACUCUCGUACCCACCCGAUUGGAGGGCACGAGACGUUGACCCAUAGUAUCUCCUGUUCUGGUCUUGAGAUCACGGAGAGUAUUGGGUAUGGAUUUGAGGGUUGACUGCUGCUUUGUCAACUCUUCCUGAACAGUUCGGCGACGACGAGUUCGGGCACAUGCUGGUGGACAUCUUGAGGAAGAAUGGCGUGGAGGACGGCGGCGUGCUCUUCGACGCCCACGCACGCACCGCGCUGGCGUUCGUCACCCUGAAACGCGACGGCGAGCGCGAAUUCAUGUUCUACCGCAACCCUAGCGCCGAUAUGCUGCUGGAGGAAUCCGAGCUCAACGUCAAUCUCAUAACCAGCGCGAAGAUCUUCCAUUACGGCUCCAUCAGCCUCAUCUCUGAGCCAUGCCGCUCGGCCCACCUGGCCGCCAUGAGCGCCGCCAAGAAAGCCGGCAUCCUCCUCUCCUACGACCCCAACGUGAGGCUUCCCCUCUGGCCCUCCGCCGAAGCCGCCCGCGAGGGCAUCCAGAGCAUCUGGAAGGAGGCUGAUCUCAUCAAGGUCAGCGACGACGAGGUGGCCUUCCUCACCCAAGGAGACCCACAGAGCGAGGAGGUCGUCCUGUCCCUCUGGCACGACGGGCUCAAGCUCCUGGUCGUCACCGACGGGGAGAAGGGUUGCAGAUACUUCACCAAGGUUCGCCGCCCUCGCAGUUCUCCCUCUCGAUCCUCUUCAUCUCCUUCACCUUCCUUCCAUCUUCUCUGCAGGAUUUCAAGGGGAGGGUCCCCGGGUUCGCCGUCAAGGCCGUGGACACCACGGGGGCCGGGGACGCCUUCGUGGGGGCCCUGCUGGUCUCCGUCGCCAAGGACGAGAAUCUCUUCUACGUGGGUUUUCUCCAAACCCUAAAACUCCAUUUUCUUCCCACCUGGUCGAAUUCGCUCUCUGAUUCUCUGAACAUGUGGAACCCAGGAGGAGGAGAGGCUGAAGGAGGCCCUCGUCUUCGCCAACGCCUGCGGGGCGAUCUGCACCACUCAGAAGGGGGCCAUUCCUGCGCUGCCCACCGCCGCCGGAUCUCUGGAGCUAAUGUCUUCUCAGUCCAAGGCCAGCUGA